UCACUUGCUCACUUCCUCUUCGCCCCUUUCCCUUAACCACCAAAAAUCAUCCCCUUCUCCCACCACCUUCUUUCUCUCUCUCACUUCCACUGGGAAAGCAGGAGCCAUGGACUUCCUGUGCGUAAAUUGCACAAGCACAGCUCCAUCUCCUACCAAGCACCUAAGCUCGAGAGCUCACGCUGUUCCAAGCCACAGAUUAAAUGCGCCGUUGCAAGCUCCGACGUCGUUUAAGUACAGGCUUCGAAUACGGAGAGGCAAGAGACCGUUGCAAUUCCGAGUUUCGAACGUUGCGUCGUCCGCAAUCGAAAAGCGGAGGAGCUUGGGGAGCGGCGGUGAGAGCAGGUUGGGGCCAUCGAACAAGCCUAGCGCCGCCAUGGAGCAGCUCGACUUCGAACGUGGCGUUUGCGUGCCGUUCCGCAAGUACACACCCGAAAAUGUGAGGAAUAAGGUGUUGGAAUCCAGAGGGGCAAUUGUGUCUCUAAUUUCGCGAGGCGUGGAGAUUGUGUGGAGUUUGGGAUUGUACUGGUCUGCCUUGACGUAUGACUGCUUCGUCGGAAGGGAUGAAGAAGUUGUUCCAUUUCGUGCUCGGCAACUUAGAAACCUCCUGUGUGAUUUGGGGCCUUCUUUCAUCAAAGCCGGCCAGGUUCUUGCAAACAGACCUGAUAUUAUCAGAGAAGAUUAUAUGAAUGAACUGUGCAUUCUUCAAGAUGACGUUCCUUCCUUCCCCAAUCAGGUUGCCUUCAAUAUAAUAGAAGAGGAAUUGGGUCGACCCCUAGAAGCUGUUUUCAGUAACAUUUCGUCUCGGACGAUAGCAGCUGCCAGUUUAGGUCAAGUUUACCGAGCUACGUUACGUGAUUCUGGAGAGGAAGUUGCUAUUAAGGUCCAAAGGCCGGAGAUAGAACCUAUAAUUUACCGGGAUCUUUUUCUAUUCCGUACUCUUGCUUCAUUCUUGAAUGGCAUCAGUCUACAGAAACUGGGGUGCAAUGCUGAGCUGAUUGUUGAUGAAUUUGGUGAGAAGCUUUUGGAGGAGCUUGAUUACACUUUGGAAGCCCGCAACAUUGAAGAUUUUAUUGUGAACUUCAAAGGUGAUCCUACGGUUAAAAUUCCUAGGGUUUACAAGCAACUUUGUGGUCCACGUGUUCUAGUGAUGGAGUGGAUUGAUGGUAUUCGGUGCACUAACCCACAGGCUGUUAAAGAUGCUGGUAUUGACGUAAAUGGGUUCUUAACGGUUGGAGUCAGUGCUGCAUUGCGGCAAUUGCUAGAAUUUGGGUUGUUCCAUGGAGAUCCACAUCCUGGAAAUAUUUUUGCCAUGCAAGAUGGACGUAUUGCAUACGUGGACUUCGGGAACGUAGCUGUUCUUAGUCAGCAAAAUAAACAAAUUUUGAUCGAUGCUGUUGUCCAUGCUGUAAAUGAGGACUAUGUUGAGAUGGCAAAUGAUUUCACUCGACUUGGCUUCUUGGCUCCUGGGACUGAUGUCUCUCCUAUUGUUCCAGCUUUAGAAUCGAUAUGGCAGAACUCUGUUGGAAAAGGACUGUCUGACUUUAAUUUUCGAAGUGUUACUGGGAAGUUUAACCAAUUAGUCUACAACUAUCCCAUCCGUAUCCCAGAAAGGUUUUCGCUUGUUAUCCGUUCUUUAUUGACUCAAGAGGGCAUCUGUUUUACUUUGCAGCCAGACUUCAAAUUUCUUGAGGUUGCCUAUCCAUAUGUGGCAAAGCGCCUCCUAACGGAUCCAAACCCAGCUCUACGUGAACGCCUCAUACAGGUACUAUUUAAAGAUGGUGUUUUCCAAUGGAAGCGGCUAGAAAACCUCAUAGUUCUUGCCAAAGAAAACGUGACCAAAUUGAGCAGCAACCCUGCAUUCCAAGCAAAAGACAUACAAGGGUCAAGAGACUUGCAAGUCAGUAGGAAACUGGACCUCACUGACACCAUAAAAGAUGGAGCUCGCCUUUUCAUUUUCGACGAAGGAAUUCGUAGAAAGCUCAUUCUUGCUUUGACAGAAGAUUCAAAGCUUCACAUUCAAGAGCUUGUGGAUGUAUAUAGACUGGUUGAGGAUCAGAUAGACGUACCGUCAGUUGCUGUGGAAGUAGCGCGAGAUUUUCCAACCGUUGUGCGAGAUCUGAUGCUUUCAUGGAGUGAGUCUGUGUUAGCUGAUAGGUAGACCAAAGUUUUUUGGAGUUAGCCGCAAAACAUGACAAAGUUUUACCACCUAACGAGUAUAUUAUACGACACGAAUCUUACACCGUUUUAUUGGACGACAGCCUGUUGAGUCAAGUUGUAAAUUGCCUUGCAAAUGUUGUAUAUGAAAAACGUGCACCGCUGCAUCUGUAUAGAAACAUUAUUUGGUAUAGAUAUCUGCAAACCAGUUGCAGUUUUUGGGGCAAA